AUGGCCACAGCGACAGUUCCCUCCCAAACGGUCCUCGCACCCGGUGCCCAAAGGAGACUCACAAGCACCAUAUUCAAGAGCCCCAAUGCUCUCGGUUCGGUGAGGAACAUCUCCAAGUCCUUUGGGUUAAAAUGCAGCCCUAAUUUCAAAGCAUCCAUGGCUGUCUACAAAGUGAAGCUGAUUGGCCCGAAUGGUGAAGAGAGCGAGUUUGAAGCUGCCGACGACACCUACAUCCUCGACGCUGCAGAGGAGGCAGGAGUCGACCUGCCCUAUUCGUGCAGGGCGGGGGCUUGCUGCACUUGUGCAGGGAAGCUGGCGUCGGGCUCGGUUGACCAGUCGGAUGGCUCGUUCCUCGACGACAAUCAAAUGAAGGAAGGGUACAUCCUGACCUGUGUGUCUUACCCUACUUCUGACUGCGUGAUACACACUCACCAGGAGGAAUCUCUUCUGUGA